AUGUCAUUAAUCACUGAUUACCCCCUUCUUAAAGUAGAGGCAUCGCUACCUCAGAACAACCCAUGUCAAUGGACAGAAAACUUGCAAUUGGCCAUAUGUGGAUUUACUCAAUUGGCAAUCAUUGAACCCAAACUACCAUCAUUACAUCAAGGGAUAAUCAAAGUUAACAAUAAUCCAGUAUUGGAUCCUAAGCAUUUAUUCCAAAUGUCUACUAUCUUAGAUGAAGAACAAGUUCAAUAUUUACCGCUUGGGAAAUUCAAUAAAGUCAAUGUUGAUUCUGCGGAUGAACCUUUCGAUAUAUCCUAUAUUAAUGACCCUACAAUUGUUGCACACCAAUGGAGUUCAACUUCUCAGACUUCGCGCGAUAACAUGAUAGGUGUCUUGUUCAACACUGGUGAAUUGAUUAUUAUGUCGAGAAAGAAUGUCCAAAGCACUAAGUAUGAUGUGAGAGUGCAAAUGUUUGAAGUGUUAGCCAAGCAACUAGGAAUUAGUUUUGAUGGGGAAGCGUAUAGAGUUAAUUCCUUUCAGAAAUUUGCGUUGAAGGUUAGAUGCUUUUCCCUUAGUACAAUUUCAAUUGGAACCGAGGAUACUUUGUUUCUUUCAAUUAUCGAUGGAAAUAAUACUUUGUCUGUUUAUGAAAUUAAUCAAGAUACAUAUAAAACCAAGCUAUUGGUAUCGCAAGAGCUUGGAUUCAAAGCGGUCAAGAUGAAAUGGUCAAAAUGGAAUGGCAAGAAGAGCUAUCUUGCAAUAACGUCUAUUGAUAAUGCAAUUCAUGCUUAUGAUCUUUCCUACGAAAAUGAUUUAUUAGGAAUUCAAAUUCCUAGUAUUUUAAAUGCACCUACAAGAUUUCAAUGUGGAAAGCAAGAAUAUGUAAAUAUUGGAAAUAAAACAUAUCUUUUAUCUUUGUUCACUGGAAAGUUAACCAUCUUUGAGAUGGGAACACCUAUCAAAGCAUACGAAUACACGUUUGAUACUUUUGUUGCGUGUACUGCGAUAGUAACUGGUUUGGCUGGAAGAGUUUUGACUAUUAUCCUUACAUUUGAAGAUGGAAAUAUUAUUACAUUGAAGUUUGAUGCAGGUGGCUCAAAAGCAAUUGAAACAAUAAAGACAGAUAAAGCUCUUAAAACCUUUAUUGCGAGGGCUCUUUAUACGUUCCAGAUUUCGAAUACAACUUUAGAUGCAGAUGAAGAAGGAGUAACAAAGGGUGAAACCGAAGGUAAUGAGGAGGAAUCAGGUAUGGAAGGUAUAUUUGUAAUAAACGGUCUACAUCCUGUUUCCAGUGAUCUUUUAGCACUUGUCUAUAAGGUGAUACCAAAGGAUGCUUUUUCUCAUAUUACACGAACACAGUAUGAAACUCAUUUACAGUUUGUUAAGUUGGAUACUCCUCUCGAUCAACCCAUCGAAGCUGUUUCUAAGAAAACCUCAAUCACGAAAGCGGUAGAAUAUUGGUUGUCUAAUUAUGAGAAAAUUCCAUGCUUGGAAUCUGCAACUCACGAAUAUCUUAAAGUUGAAGCCUUUGUGGAUGGGAUUGAAAAAUUUACAAAUGAGAACCUUGUGGAGAUUAAAGACCUUGAUUUACAAGUGGAUUCGGACCUCGGCACAGAUUUCCGGACUAUGUUGAUUGAGCUAUUCAAUCGAAAUCCAAUCGUUAAUCAAUUACAAUAUUAUCAUACUUUAGGAAAAAUCAUAAUCAAUGGCUUAAUUGUAUUUAAGGAAAAAAGCGAAAAGCUUAUAAGUAUACUUGAUCACUGUAAGCUGUAUCUAAUUGAAAUUGAAAGGUCAAUUUCGAUAUAUUUAAAAUUAUUGAUGUUUGAGUUUAUAAAAGUUAACAAUGUUCAACUACAAGACGAAUUUGAUAAGUUUCUAAUGAUUACCAAUUAUCAACAAUUGAAUAAUUUAGGUGUUGAAAUUGAUGUCAAUAUUCCUAGCUCGGCGGUGGUUACUAUCGGGACUAAGUUCUAUGCGGAAAAAUUUGAGGUGCAUAUUGAUGACAUGAUUCCGGAAGAUAAACUAAUCGUUUCAACAACUGGUCAUGGAUGGCUACAAUGUAAGCUUUCCAAUAUUCCACUUUUGCAAAUGAAUAACAGAAGAGAUGAAUUAGCUGAAUUUCAUUAUAUUAUUAUUGAGGAUCAUUUUGGUCAAUUAAUUACAACUUUAUUAAAGACAAUUGAAUUUUGUUAUAUUACGGGUAAUAAAACCUACAAAUUAAAAUAA